UUGAUCUAAACCAGGAUCUUAGGCUGGGUUAUUUCCAACCCGGGUCAAACAAUUUUGAUCGCAAGAUGUUUUUCUGGUUUAUGUGCUGUCUUGUGGAUAUGUGGCUGAUUUCUGCCUCAGAUGAGAUCUGUCCAGAACUUCCCCCGGUGGACAAUAGCAUAUUUGUUGCAAAGGAGGGAGAAGGACAAAUUCUGGGGACUUACUUAUGUAACAAUGGCUACCACCUGGUAGGAGAGAAAACCCUUUUUUGUAAUGCAUCUAAGGGAUGGAAUGCCUCUGCUCCAGAGUGCCGCUUGGGCCACUGUCCUGACCCUUUGCUGGUGAAUGGUGAGUUUAGUUCCUUGGAGCCUGUGAACGUGAAUGACACUCUCACGUUUAAAUGCAAUGAGCAUUACGUCCUCAAGGGCAGCAAUUGGAGCCGGUGCCUAGAGAACCACACCUGGGUGCCUCCCUUUCCUGUCUGCAAAAGCAGAGACUGUGGCCCUCCUGAGAAUCCAACUCAUGGCUAUUUUGAAGGAACAGAUUUCAACUCGGGAUCUACCAUUACUUAUUACUGUGAAGCGAGGUACUACCUGGUGGGCACACCCCAGCAACAGUGCAUUGAUGGGGAGUGGAGCAGUACCCUUCCGGUCUGUGAGUUGAUCCGAGAAGCUCCCAAACCAGCUGAGUUGGAGUUGGAGAAGGCACUGCUUGCCUUUCAGGAGAGUAAGGAACUUUGCAAAGCCAUAGUGGACUUUACACAAAGAUUAAAGAAAAGUGGCUUAACGAUGGAGAAAGAAAAAUUUUCUCUGGAAAUAAGGAAAGCUGAGUUGAAGACAAAAAUGUUGCCCUGA